CGUCAGCGCGGCUUCCCGACGCUACUACGCCGUCGUCAAGGAGACGCGCACCUGUUACAGUCAGAGAGAAGCAGUGAGUCUUUAAUUCAUUCAUGUUGAAUAUACUAGUCUUGAAAGAGAGACCGAUAUGAAGAAGUCUCACCGCACUAAUGUCCUGGUGACGUCCUGUCUGAAGACGCCGGUGGACCCGCACACUAAAGUCCCGUUAGCUCAAUAUGAGAGGGAGCGAUCACUGCCGCGCGCGCCCGGUCCCGCGCUCACGGACAACAGGCGCUGUGAGAAAGAGAUGGAGUAUGACUCUGGACCCGAGCUGGCGGCUGAUGACCCUCCUGCUAAAGACAGCAGUGCUCUGCUGAUCAAAGACUACAGGGUAACGGGCGAUCACAUCGACCUCAGGGAGUUCUACUUCUCAAACCAGGAGUACUACCGCAAACUAGAGCAGCUGAAGACGGCUCAUCUCCAAACCAUGGCUGAACUCGAACUCAUGUAUCGCAAGAAACUGGACCUCAAAGGGGUGAGCGCUGCGGACAACACUGAUCGGAUCAAUCUUUCCCCAGUGACAACCGGCAGUCUGAAAAAAGCCCAGUCUGCUCUAGAGCUGCGGAGGAUUUCAGACCUGUCUGACAUGUCUGAUGAAGAGUGCGUUGCUGAAAACGGCCAAGGAGACGGCAACACAGAGAAAGGCCUUCUUAUCUCGCCCAAAGAGCGCAUUAAGAACAUGUGGCAUGACUUCAGUGUCAAAAAGCUUUCUCCGCCUCAAUGGCAGCCGUUUUCAUCCUCUCUGCAGAGCCUGCCUGACUGCCAGACUGACUGCAAACCCAAAAGUAGGAUUAGGGGUCAACAUCGAAAAAAGCGCAAGCAAAACGGAGACGAUGGUUGGCAUCCGAGAGUGACCGUCCCCAAGCCUUUCCAGAUGACGCUCCGUGAGGUGGAACUGCGCAAGAAGGGCGUCAAAUCACGCUCUGAGAUCGAACGAGAGAACGAGGAUCUCCGGCGCCAGCUGGAAGAGCUUACCGAGUGCCAGAGGAAGUUUCGUGCGAGUCCGUUGCCUGCGCAUGUGCGUCUCCCGCUGUACGAGGAACUGCAGGAGCGUGACGAGGAACGCCGGCGUUUCCAUCGGGAGCAGCAACGUCUACACACCUCGCAGAGACCCUUCAGCUUCCUGGAGCGCGAACGCCUGAAGAAAGAGCAGAAGGAGGCCAAGCUCCGCGAGCAAAUGCUCAUGCAGCACAAAGAGGAAGAGGAGAGGAGGAAAUGCCCGUUCAAGGCCAAACCCGUCCCGCGGGCGGUGAAGGAAGCCGCGUUGGGUGAGCAGCAGAAAGAGGAGGAGCUCUACAGGGCGAUAAAGAUGCAGAUGCGGGCGAGAGAACUGCUUCAAAACGCAUCCAUGCCUCCUAGCAUGCUUGCACGGCAUCUCAGCGAGAAACAGACGCAGAAGCCCGCCCACGACGACGAGCAGCUCCACAGACCCAAAAUCAACACUGAAGUUCCAGACUUCGACGCCAGCUACAGGAGGUUUCGUAAGCAGCUGGCGAAGAGCAGAGAAGUGCGGCCCGUGACGGCGUGCGAACCCUUCCAGCUGCGCACAGCUGACAUCGCCUCGCACAAAGAACGCAUCAUGGCAGAAAUCGAAGCAGAGAUACAGAGCCCAAAACUGUCACGCUGGCCGUUUGUGAGCCCACGCACCCUCUCGCCCAGGACGCCCUCGUCAUCCCUUUGCUCCUCGCUGUCUGGAAGCCAGGAAUGCUUGCCCGCUAAGAUCACUGAUGCGGCCAAGAAACGGCAAGAAGCUGUGAGAAAAGUUCUCGAGCAGAGAAAGCAGGCCAAAGAAGAGGAGGAGAAAUGGAAGGAGAAGCAAAAACAGAGUGAGAAGAGACUACAAAAAGUGAUCACAAAGCGAGCCCAGGCAAACGACCCACACGUGGCCCUGGCUCAGACCUGCCAGUCCAAACUAAAAGAGUUCAGGAAACAAGAUCUCCAGAGACAGAGAGAGUUCCAAGAAGAGAUGAGAGAAAUCCAGGAAAGAGUGAAGGGAAGACCUUUACUACUGGAGCAGGUAGCACAGAUGAAUGCUAAGAGAGCAGCAGAAAAGCUCUAUUCUGCCACUUUGCAUGGGUGUGGCCUGAGUGAGUCCUUCAUCAGCAGUAAAGCUCCUAAAGCCUUGAAACACAGACAGACUCCAAGCCCCGCCCACUCUGACAGUCAGACUCCACCCACAUACAGGAAAAGCAGAAAUGAAGAUCAUGAGGAACUUCCAAACUUGCUGGAUUCUCUUCUCGAUGACUAUCCAGAUGACUAUGAAGAGUAUGACCAUGACUUGGAGGCAGAACACAUGGACAGAGAUGAGGAUGAGAAACACAUUGUAGAUCAUGAAAGUGAUGAGGAAAAGGGCAAUGAUGAAGGACACUCACACGAGGGGGGUUUGGAUGAUGAUGAUGAACAGGAUGACCAUUAUAAGGACGAUGACAAUGAAAGUAAUAAGAGUCACCAUAGCAACAGGAGCAGAACAGGUAGUGUUAAUUAGUUAAUUCAAAAAGAAAAAAUGAUAAGAUUAGAAAAGUGAUGAGAAACAGAAAAGCCUCUAGUGGAGAAGACCGGUAUUAUAUUGUCAUUAGCUUUAUUCUGGGUAUUUUAUGUUUUAAACUGAACAAACAUCAAUAGCAAAUUGUUGUUGGAUCGACGUGUAAUAGAGUGAACCUUAAAAAACUUGUCCGGGUCACAUUUAACCUUGAAAUAAAAAAAAUUAUUAAAAAAUAUGGAAAAUUAAAAUGUAUAAAUUAAGCCUAUUUUAGGACCAUAAAGAUAUUUUGCAUAUAAAUAAAUGUAAUUUUUUUUUUUUUAUUAAAAAUUAAUAAAAUUAUUUAAAUGAGGUACUUAUACAUCAUGGGAGUCUUUAAGUAACUUAAAUAUAUAUUUUUUGCAAUUGUUAAAAUAAUAAUAAUAAUAAAACAGUACUGAGAAUUAGAAAAAAAAGAAAAACAAAAGAAAAACCUUUAAUAUAUGCACUACAGUAAUGGGAAUGUACUGAAUUAUCUUGAAUAUAAUGCUGCAGUGCAACAUAUCUUAAUAAUGCACUUAAUAUUCUUAAUAUUCAAAAUAUAAUUUCUUAUUUUUUCUAUUUAUAUGGGGCAGAAUAUGACCUGGACAUGUUUGCAAGCCAUUCACUCAAUAAACAGUAAUACAUUUAGUAUGUGUAAAUAUAAAUGUCUAGUCAUUUAUAUUUUAAAAACAAAAGGCCAAAAACACUUUUAUUAUUUAAUAUGUUACAAAUUAAAUGAAUGUGUUUGUAUAUCUGGGCUUAUUAAUGAAACUUAACAUGUGAAAAUAAACUUUAUUACAAUUUUAAUAUUUAUCUGCGUGUUUGUUUACUUCUUAAACAUAACUACGAGCAUAUAAAACAUUUCAAACACGAGCCACAGCCUAAAAAAACACAGCAUGGUCAGUUACUGUUUGUACAUCACAGGCAACAUCUCAGUAAUUUUCCAUGCUCCACGCGGUCCAGCCCACCUCACGCUCACGCUCACGCUGUGAUGCAAAACCCGCCUCGUACAUGAGACCAAGGGCAAAAGACGGGCUGGGAGGGGUCCAUCCUGAUGGACAGCACCUCCACCCAAUCAAAUGGAAGCAAGGUGUCAGCGCCACACUAGCUCCAACCAAUCAGCCGCAGCGGAGGGCGUGUCCGCAGUCCGAAUUUUACGCGGCGCUACGGGCUGAAAACUAAACCGAGAUGGAAUAUGCCAGUCUGAACCGGUUUCAACCGGUCUUGCGUGUGAUGCAUAAGACUGGAGAGGAGCUGGGUCACAGUCUCUCGCAGAUAUUUGAUUUAAAACAACGUUUUUUCUGCAAUAGACAAAAGAAUAAACUAACGAUUGAUUGAUGUUGUUGUUAUAAAACGGACUGAGUUGUUAAAGCGAGCUGCAAACCGUCAUACAGACA